GUAAUAAAAUGUUGUUCACCAAUAAUCGAAUAUACUUCUCUAUGAGUUGAAAAUUUUCUGUAAGAAAGGGUGAUUCUAAUUAUAUUAUUUACGUAGUAGAUUUCUUUGAAAAAUAAUAUGGGUAAGCUGAUAGGUCUGGACAAAGUAGUUAUGGAUGCUGAUGUUUUUGCUAUUUGUGUGCAACAUGCUCUUAGUAUAGAGAAACAAGAAAUCAUGGGAGUUUUAAUGGGAGAGGUUGACGAAACUGAAUGUACUUCUCGAAUUAAAGCAGUUCGCAUAUUGAACCGUAGUGAUAAACAUGCUGAUCGAGUAGAAAUUUCACCCAACCAAUUGGUUCUUGCCGUUGACACUGCUGAACAAUUAGAAGACACGUUUGGAAAACCACUAAAGGUACUCGGUUGGUAUCACUCUCAUCCUCAUAUAACUGUAGAUCCCAGUGGAAUUGAUGUGAACACCCAAGCUGGAUACCAAGUGAUGAGCAUUUAUUUUAUAGGUUUGAUAUUUUCAGUCUUCAACAUUGAUUCAGCAACGAAGAAGAAUAAAAUACAUCUUACCUGCUUUCAAGCAUCGGGACACCUGAGGAAGGACGUUGAACUCGUUAUUCAAAGUGUCCCUUUACGACUUCAUACUUUGAGAGAAAUUGCCGGUCUUCCUGAUAUACUUGUGAGAGAGGAAGAGGAAACAUGUGAGAGUAAUGCUGAACAGGACGAACUAGCAAUCCUUCAUAAUGAUACUUUGAAAACUAUCAAACUGGUUCAAAUUGUUUCAAAUCUUACGAGAAGAAUUUCUGAUGAUUUAGAAGAGAGAUCAACAACAGUGAGUCAGAGAAUUAAGAUAUUGGAAAAAAUGAAGAGAGAGCUGCAAAAUGAUUUACAAUCAUUGUGAAUAAUGUUAAUUAGUUUUGUAUUUAUAUGUUUUUUCCUAAAUGUAAUAAUGUAAAAUCAUAAGUGUGUACCUAAAUAAUCAACGUAUAUUGAACAAUUAAGAAUAUUCGAGAUUAUGAGAUUUUUUCAGUUCU